AUGCCUGCCGCGCCUAAGCAGCGUAAGAUCGCCAUUGUCGGCAGUCGCUCCGUCGGCAAAUCAUCUCUCACCGUUCGCUUCGUCGAGCACCAUUUCGUGGAAAGCUACUACCCUACAAUCGAGAAUACCUUCAGCCGGAUUAUCAAGCACAAUGGCCAAGACUAUGCAACUGAAAUCGUCGACACUGCAGGACAGGACGAAUACAGCAUCUUGAACUCCAAGCAUUUCAUUGGAAUCCAUGGGUAUAUCAUUGUCUACUCAGUCACAUCACGCCAGUCGUUUGAGAUGGUGCGGGUGAUUCGCGACAAGAUUCUGAACCAUCUCGGAGCCGACGAUGUACCUCUCGUCAUAGUAGGGAACAAGAGCGAUCUCAAGCCGGAUCAUCGCCAGGUUACCCUCGAAGAUGGUCGGCAAUUAGCAGAAGAGCUCGGCUGCGCCUUCACCGAGGCCAGCGCUUUCCUCGACUUCAAUGUCUCCAAAGCCUUUGACCUUAUGAUAGGCGAGGUUGAGAAGUCCCAGAAUCCCUCACAACCGACUGGGAACAACAAGUGCACCUUGAUGUAA